AUGGUGCGGCUACCGAUUCCUCAACGCCUGACCUCUCACCUGAGUACCCGGAGCAAUGCCUCGACCCCUGGUCAGAGCCGGAGCACAAGUCCGAUGAGGUUCCCGGAUUCUAAACCUCCCCUUAUCCUCAAGGUUACCGUGUUACGGGGGCGCAACCUCGCGGCCAAAGAUAGAAACGGUACUAGCGAUCCGUACCUAAUCGUUACCCUCGGAGAUGCGCGACAGCAGACCCCCACGAUAUCAAAGACCUUGAACCCAGAAUGGAACGUUUCCUUUGAAAUGCCCGUUGUCGGAGUGCCGCUGUUAGAAUGUAUUUGUUGGGAUCAUGACAGAUUUGGAAAGGACUACAUGGGCGAGUUCGACAUUCCCUUAGAAGAGAUCUUUUCUCCCGGGGAGGUACAACAGCAGCCGAGAUGGUAUACCCUGAAGUCCAAACGGGUUAAGAAGAAGGACAGCACCGUAUCUGGAGAGAUCUUUCUCCAAUUCUCGCUUGUCGACCCCUCGAACCCCUCCGCAUCCCCCGAUGAGAUCUACCAGAAAUUCAAAAGUGUGGUGUGUACCAGCGAGGACGACGAAGACUAUCCGCAGAAUCCUUCCAUCGUGUUGGGUGAUGCCGACAGAGAUGAAGAAACGUCGGAUGAGACCGACGACCCGGCGAAACCGGAGGUCGUGGAGAAACGGCGCAGAAGGUUGCGGCUGGCACGACUCAAGCGCAGGUCAUUGGCAGCUCGAGCGUACCAGUUUUCUGGCGCCGGAAACGGUGUCCAGGGAAUUGUGUUCAUGGAGAUUGUCAGAGUAACGGACCUCCCGCCAGAACGAAACGUGACCCGUACUUCCUUUGACAUGGACCCGUUCGUUGUGACCUCGUUGGGAAGAAAGACUCUCCGGACACCCGUUAUACGUCACAACCUAAACCCAGUAUACAACGAGAAGAUGGUGUUCCAAGUCAUGAAGCACGAACAAUCUUACACGAUCGGCUUUACUGUGAUGGACAGGGACAAGUUCUCCGGCAACGACUUUGUCGCUUCCGCUGGCUUUCCACUUCAAACGUUGAUCCAGUCGGCCCCUGAGGCCGAUCCGGAAACGGGUCUCUACAAAUUUUUGGACCCUACUCUUGAUCCAACAGGGUCUGACACCUCUGAACCCGAAAACACGGCUGGAAUCAAGAUUGAUAUUAGUCCGUCCCCGUCAACCAAUAGCUUGUCGAGGCUGUCAAAUAAACCGAGGUCUCGGAGUAGCACUGCGUCUAUGUCGGGUCAGUCAGUGCACUCGAGCCAGGAGCUAUCAACGUCGCUCCCUCCUACGUUGGCCGUCGAGGAGGGCUCGGGAAGUAAUAUUUCCUCUGCCCCAACCGCGACAAACAAUAGCGCAAUCGCGCCGCUCGAGUCAGAAGGACUCCAAUCGUAUCGCAUCCCACUGACGCUGAAACACAAAGAGCGAUGGGAGGACAAGCAUUCACCAGAAUUAAUUGUGAAGGCUAAAUACAUGCCUUAUCGCGCCCUACGUCAACAGUUCUGGCGGCUAAUGCUUCGGCAAUAUGACGCCGACGACAGUGGUCGCAUCGACAAAGUCGAGCUCACGACGAUGCUCGACACUCUGGGCUCAACGCUGAAGGAGUCCACCAUUGACAGCUUCUUCGAACGUUUCAGUGAGGAAAAUGAACUUUCCGACACAAUGGACCUAACCUUUGAUCAAGUGGUGAUCUGUCUGGAGGACACCCUCCAGGCUCUACAGUACUCUCGCUCAGGCAUUGACAUUAAGAAGCUCGUGUCAACCUCCUCUACGGGCAGCCAAGAAAGCGAGGAUCCGUCGAGUGGCGAUGAUGAUUUGGAAGCCACCUCUGCCCUAGCCGCUAACACUGAUCCACAGUCGACAUCCGUACCUACAUUGUCUAGUGAAGAUCAGCUCGCUUUGAAUGAAGAGGAUCUUCACCCAGAUGAUCUAGGUGAUGAACGCGGUGAGGAGCAUGUGGUUGAAAUCCGAGAAUGUCCGCUGUGCCACCAGCCGCGACUCUCGAAACGCUCCGACGCGGAUAUCAUUACCCACAUUGCCACUUGUGCGAGUCGAGACUGGCGACAAGUCGACAAUCUCGUGAUGGGCGGCUUUGUGACCUCAAGUCAAGCACAGCGCAAGUGGUACACCAAAGUCAUCACAAAGAUUUCCUAUGGAGGAUAUAAACUAGGAGCUAAUUCCGCAAACAUCCUUGUUCAAGAUCGGAUCACAGGACAGAUCAACGAGGAGCGGAUGAGUGUCUACGUUCGUCUUGGUAUUCGCCUGCUGUAUAAGGGGUUGAAGAGCCGAGAUAUGGAGAAGAAGCGAAUUCGUAAAAUCCUGAAAUCUCUCAGUAUCAAGCAAGGCAAAAAAUACGACGACCCGGAUUCUGCAAGCCAGAUCCGAGACUUCAUCAACUUUCAUCAACUUGAUCUGUCAGAGGUUCUGCUUCCCUUAGAUCAGUUCAAGACUUUCAACGAGUUCUUCUACCGCCAGCUCAAGCCAGAGGCUCGACCCUGCUCGGCUCCCAACGACCCCAGGGUCGUGGUCUCUCCGGCUGAUUGCCGAUCGGUCGUUUUUGACCGCAUGAGUGAUGCAGCUAGCAUCUGGGUCAAAGGGCGGGAAUUCUCUAUCGAGCGCCUCCUCGGAAAUGCCUAUCCCGAGGAUGCCCAUCGGUACAAGAACGGAGCAGUGGGUGUUUUCCGUCUUGCACCUCAGGACUACCAUCGCUUCCACAUUCCCGUUGAUGGUGUCAUGGGAGCACCAAAGACCAUUGAGGGUGAAUACUACACCGUCAACCCAAUGGCCAUCCGCUCUGCCCUGGAUGUGUAUGGCGAGAAUGUGCGUAUUUUGGUGCCAAUUGAUUCGGUCGCACAUGGCCGUGUGAUGGUGGUCUGCGUUGGGGCCAUGAUGGUUGGUAGCACCGUGAUAACCCGCCAGGCCGGGGAGAAGGUUUCUCGCGGUGAUGAACUUGGAUACUUCAAAUUUGGCGGAAGUACUCUCCUUGUCCUUUUCGAGGAAGGAGCAAUGAAGUUCGAUGCUGACCUCGUGGACAACUCGAAAGGACCUUUGGAAACUUUGAUCCGCGUGGGUAUGUCUGUGGGCCACAGCCCAGAUAUGCCCCAGUUCGAACCUGAUAUGCCCAAGAAGCGCGAGAACCUUACCCAUGAAGAGAUUCAAGCCGCUAAACGUAGAAUUGAAGGUAGCCUGGCUCCACUGGCCGAAGGCGACGGGUUUCCAUAA